AUGUCUUCUGAAUCCGAUGAAGAUUUUGACGACAGUUGUGAAAUAUCUAGAAACGGUGAUAUUCAUCAUGCUGUAUUACAAAAUAUGAAGAUGCGUUUUAUGAAAAACAAAAUCUAUACAUUUUCGGGGAAACUUUUAAUUGCGAUUAAUCCUUUGCAACCGUUGCCUUUGUACUCCAAUGAAGUGAUAGAAUCGUACAAAGCCAAAACAAAUCAUAUGCUACAACCACAUAUAUUCUGUGUUGCAACUGAAGCGUUAUGUGCGUUAAAACAAAGAAAACAGUCACAAUGCAUUGUAGUCACUGGCUUAUCUGGAUCGGGUAAAAGUGUGACAGCGAACCAUUUAACUGAAUUUUUAUACGAGAACGAAGGAAAAAUGACAGCACAUAUUGGAAUAAUGUUGGAUGCAUUUGGUAACUGCACAACCCCACAGAAUGACAACAGUUCUCGUUUUGUAAAAUUACUACAGUUCGAGUAUAGCCCUGAAUAUAAAGUUCUCAAAUUGAAUAUAUCAUAUCAGCUUUUUGAGAAGACACGAUUAUGCAUGAACGACAACACAAUUGGAGACAAUUUUAAUAUAUUCUAUAUGCUUCUAAAUGCACCAAUGGAUUUGAAAUCGAAAUUUAAUAUUGCGAGCGAAAAAUUUGCAAUUUUACCACCAAAAGGCAUGAGAAAUUCUUUGAAAUAUAGCUUUAAUGAGUUAGAAACUGCAUUGAAUGGAUUGGG